GUGGUCAAUUUCACUGGUCGUGUGAUUCUUUUUAAUUUACAGUGGAUUAUUAAAUAGGUGCGGUCUUUUAAUAACUUUUGUCAUUUGCCCCUAUAAUCUGUUCACAUUUUAUCAAAUUUUUCGAUUUGUGUGAAGUUUGAGGCUUCCAUUACUGAAAAUGAGUUCAACUGAGUUCAAUAUUGGCCUUAACAGUGCCAGUAAGACAUCGAGCCGUGUUCUGAAGCCGCCAGGUGGAGGUCAUUCGGACAUAUUUGGAACACCGGAUGUUAAAGCGAACCCCCCGCGGGCGAAGUACAACCAGCAAAAUUCUUCCAACAUGAACGGUGUCAUGGGAACAACCGAUCCCAACAUAAAAGUAGAGCAUAUCCAAGCCUAUGAUCAGGGCCAAGCACCGGUAGAAAAUGUAAAAGCAGCUGCUCAGCCAAAACUGGCCCAAGGUGCCAACAACGAAUCGACUUCGCAAGAGUCCCAAACCGGAGGGCGUCCUCGCGUUCCUCCAGGAGGAUUUUCAACUGGACUUUGGUGAAUUGUGACAUAGUACAGCUCUCAGGGAUGUGACCGAAGCGCACUACAACUUGACCUAUUUAUUUUAAAUCAAUUUAGAGCACUUCACCCAAAGGAAUUAAGCCUAUCUGUUUUAGUUUGUUCACUUCACCAAAGAGCACUGAGGUAUUUUUAAAACGCUCUACAUACUAGGGUUUAAUCCGCGUAAUAUUUUCUCCAUCUCUGCAGAUUUGAUCUCGUCGAAUGCAUUUAUGACAACUAUGACAUACCUAUUAUACCUAUUCGUACUUACUAAAUACAAAAGCUUAUCUGCGAAA